AUUAUUUCAUUCACCCCUCGUCGGAUCAACUUGAUUAUCACCGUGGUUGUUUCGUAUUGUGUUUCUUCUCAAUCAGAUCCGAGUAGUUUGUUUGGUGAUGUUUUUGUUCGAUUGGUUCUAUGGAAUCCUGGCGACGUUAGGAUUGUGGCAGAAAGAGGCGAAGAUAUUGUUUCUAGGGCUUGACAAUGCCGGCAAAACUACUUUGCUUCACAUGCUCAAAGACGAGAGAUUAGUACAGCACCAGCCAACACAGCAUCCCACGUCUGAGGAACUGAGCAUUGGCAAAAUCAAGUUCAAGGCUUUUGACUUGGGUGGCCAUCAGAUUGCCCGUAGGGUCUGGAAAGACUACUAUGCCAAGGUUGAUGCAGUUGUGUACCUAGUGGAUGCGUACGACAAGGAGAGAUUUGUGGAGUCAAAAAGAGAGCUUGAUGCUCUUCUAUCUGAUGAAGCCUUAGCUAGUGUCCCCUUUCUUAUCCUUGGCAACAAGAUUGAUAUUCCUUACGCAGCCUCUGAAGACGAACUUAGGUAUCACUUGGGUCUCACCAAUUUCACUACGGGUAAAAGCAAUGUGAGUCUAAAAGAAUCAGGUGUUCGUCCCCUUGAGGUCUUCAUGUGCAGCAUCGUCCGCAAAAUGGGAUAUGGCGAGGGCUUUAAAUGGCUAUCUUACUACAUCAAGUGAGUGGGAAACCAAACAAGCACGGUUUUCUGAAUGAGAUAUCUCUCAAUGUUUCCCUCUUUGAAAAGACGAACUCUUUCUCUCUUGUAGUAUUAUCUUCCAAGUUUUAAUAUAUCUGAUUAAGUA